AUGGAAUCGUUCAGCCUGCAAUACGACAUGUCAGAAUUGGCACUCCCAAUCCGGCUGGGUCUCGUCGUCAACGACAUUGUCGCCAUGAGCCUCAGUUUCGCAACUGAGAGAACCUUAUUCCUUGUUCUCGGGGGAAUCCUUGCAACCUCCCUUCUCUUCAACGGAAUACUCACGGUCGCCGGGUUAUGGCAGAAACGAUCCAGAUCCAGGUUGAGAUUGGCCGACGAGCCCCAUUGCCCGUCUCUGAUUGUCCUGACCAUCGAGGUCUUGGGCGUCAUCGCGUUCUUGGUUCUCUUCGUCAUGGGCACGGUUGAUGCAACCAACGACUAUUACUAUUACUAUGGCCAGGAGCUGACAAUGAAGAAUUACGCCUGUAUUGGAUCGAUCGUUGCAUGUAGCUUAGAGGAUGUCAUGUUCUCUCUGCCGCCAUCGCCGCCUGAACAAGAAAGAGAUGCAGCAGGACAACGGGCCAUCUUGUCUCCGAAUGCUGACGGCGAAGGGGAAAAUGAUCGCCUGGUUGCCACCAAAGAGUGA